AUGUCCGGACCUGGACCUGGACCUGGACCCGGUGACCGGUACUACCGCCCUCCAAAUGGCUACCCGAACAGCAUAUACGCGCAACCAAGCACCAUCCCCGCGCGGAGACCGGUAGGCGGCCCGGCUGCCGUCCCCGUGGACCCGGCGCAAGUCUCACCGGAACUCAGCUACCCGCCCCGUACAACACACUCGGUCAGCAGCAGCACACGAAGCCGAAUGCUGCAGCGCAUGGGCACGAUCAACAGCGGAGGCAAAUUCACCGUGUCGCCGGCAAGCUCGAUUCACGAAGACGACGACGAGGAGGCGUACGGUUACCGGGGGCCGGCAGGGCUAUCACCGUCGCCGCCGCGGCACUACCGAGACGGGGCGCAAACGCAUGGGACUGCCGGCUGGGACGGCCAGGGCCAGGGCCAGGGGGUGGAGGGGGGACAAGCCGGGUUGUGGCACGGUCAGGUACCAUCGCAUGUACAGGCGCAGGGGGUUCCGCACACGACGACGGCAACCGGAACCGUCGAUGACAACUCCCGCUCCGCCGGCGUGAUGGGAGUAGCACCUGCGCUCUGGCAAACGAGCCCUGACGAGGCCGACAUCCCCUACCCUGCGCCACCGCACUGGCGCGGCAGCCGGGACAUGCAGGAACUCAACGAGGCGCGCGCCCGCGAGGCCGAGUCAGGCCGAUGGCCCGUCCGGACGUCCUAUGGCCCAGCGCCGGUGCGAACUUCCGCCCCGACUUCGGCCGCUACUGCUACUGCUUCUAAUGCCCCGCCUUCGCUGCCCGUCCCAGCCGUCCUGAUCCCGGGCCACCGAUCCGAGCCCAAGGACGAAUCGCAGAUCGAUGUCGGCGUGCCCCAUGCCGACACCUUCCCCCCCAUUCCCACAGGUCUUAAUAGGCCGAAGGCCAGGCGGUCAUGGGACCGGCAGCGCAAGCGGCGGAGGAAAGCGGCUAUUGUUGCGGUGCUAAAGACCUUUGACGGGCGGGGCUUGACGGACUGGCCAUUGACCGUUUCGUUGAACACGGUAGUGGCUUUUCUGACGGCGAUAUGCCAGGUUGCGUUGGCCGUGCCCCUGACCGAAGGGCUCUCGCAGCUGAAGUGGAACUCGUUUGCUCGGAGCGAGAAGCCGUUGGCUGAUUUCCAAACCUUUGAGAAUGCGCGGCGUGGGCCUGUGAGCAGCGCCGUGCUGCUUUGCAAACGAAAAGGAAGGGCGCCAUCACCUAUCCCACUCGAGAUUUUGAGGCAGGGAGCGGCACGGCAGCCAUCCCCAGGAGCGAAUCAUACUCCCACCCAAUGCCGUACGUACCUCGACACCCGAGAGAGGCAAGCGAUCCAGUCAGGCAUCUAUCAUGCAGUCGACGUGGAGGUACCGCCCCUGCAACCCUUAUGCAGCUCUGGUAACUGCCAAUGGCAGAAUUUCAGCUCGCUGGCCGUUUGCGCCGCUGUGGCCGACAUAUCCGACAGGCUCACCAUUUCCAACCAGUCCAGGCCACGGAACCUAGGCGUGUCGCUGGGAGACGCCAACGAUGAGCUCGUUCGCGCUGCUCGACUCCCCAACGGCUUGUAUUUGGUCGGCAGCACCGCCAGCUGCAACCUAAACAUCUCUUGGCCGCAUGACUCGGUAAAUACCGAAAGUGACACCGAGGUGACGGACCAAGAGGGCUUCCUCCCCGCACGGACAAGUUUAGCCUUCUCAGACCAGGACGGCAGGGUGUCGAGCGCCAUCGCAAACUUCUUCCUUGUUUAUACCAACGAGACCUCAAACACCGGGUCCGACUCGUCAAGGGCUGUGUUCCGUGCCGCCGAGGUCCUGCUACACUUCUGUGUCAAUACGUACGAGGCGUCGACCUCCCGCGGCGUGGCAACAAGUAGGGUAGUACACUCGUCCACGCUCGCCGCGGAAGACGGGUCGGGCAAUUCGAUCGUCAAUGUCCGCCACGAAUCGUCCUCGCCACCGCGAGUGUUUCUUCGCUCGGCCAACACUGACGGCGUGUACUCAGUAAAGAGAGAGGAUGUGAGGUUCUUGAACGGCUAUAUCCUGUCGGUCUUUUCCGGCGUGUAUUCCCAUUGGUAUGGGAAGUCGAUCGGGGGCGAGACAGCCACCAGCGAGGCCCUCGGGCUCGCCAUGUUCCAGCGCGAGCCGUCUGACGACGACGGGAUGCGGAUGCGUGCCAUGAGUUCAGCCUCGGCGAGCGGCACCGUUUUUGCAACCGAGAGUUACGUUCACAUCCAGUGGGCUUGGCUGGCGUUCCUGGCCAUUCAGGUGGCACUUUCGGUCAGUUUCCUAUUGGGGAUCAUGAUCCAGACGGCUGUCUGGAAUGUGAAGAUCCUCAAAGGAUCGUCCACAGCGGCGCUGCUAGCCAUUCCUGCCGAUGAAAAAGCAUACUUGGAGGAACGAGAAAACAUGUUCCUUGACAAUGGCGAGAGGGCUGAGACGUCUCGCAAGCUGAAAACCAUCACCUGCAGGUUUCGGCCUGGAGAAAGGGGUUGGAGUCUGGAAGCAGACAAGAGGGAAAAUGGAUAA